AGCUUCGUGCCUUGUGCGAGCCAGUUGUUCCUAGGUCGUGGCCGUUCCAACAGUAGCAACGCGUCGCCAAACGACGACGACGACGACGACGACGACGACGAAGAUCCGCCCGAACCUUUCUCAACCUUUUCCCGUCUCCCGCCACCUCUCCUUGUGCCUGCGCGUCUUCUUCUCCACUCGCCCAACCCAACCUCCCCUAUUUAUGGCCCCGCCCGGUCACAUCCCACCACCGCCCCUCCAUUAAUUAGACUAUCCACUCCAGCUUGAGCUUGGACACACCUCCCACCAUUUCAAACCAACCGGAGGCGGAGCCGCGCGCAGAGGAGUGUGCUCGUGGCUCGUGGGCAACCCACGGCUCCGGUCCAUUCCAGGAGCCGCCAUGGAUUCCCCGCGGAUGGAGCAGGAGAGUACUAGUACUACCAUCACAAAUCCAAUGCAAGGAGGAGGAGGAGGAGGAGGAGGAGGCCCCGCGCCUGACGACCAGCGGGACAAGAGGCCGCCGCACCUCUCCAUCGACAUCCCGGCGGCGACCAGCGCCCCCCUCACACCGACGGCGGCCGCAGAGCCAGAAGCCGUGGCAGCAACGCCGGGCUCGGGUUCCGGCAGAAACGGUUCCCCGGCGACGAAGCCCCCGGCGCCGCAGCGGACGCCGUCCUUCAUGCUGAGGCAGACGGUGCGGAGCCUCCUGCCGGGAGGGGGCAGCUUCAAGUCGUCCGUCAGAGGCUACGAGGCCUCCCUCUCCAGGCUCUUCAGCGGGAGGAUCGCCAGGACGUCCUCGCUCCCGGCGGCGGACCACGCCGCCCUCUCGGCCUCCGUGCACGCCGCCGACAAGACGCCGCCCAGCGUUCCUGCCGCCGCCGCUGACAAGACGGGCAUGCACCGCUCGCAGUCCCUCCCGAUGAACAUGAAGAAGUUGAGCUCCGCCAAGAGCAUCAAGAGGAUGAACUCGCUCGGCGGCGUGUACCGCGUCGUCCCCUCCACGCCGCGCGCCCCCGCCGCCACCACCGCGGCGAGCAAUGCCGCCAUGCCGGACAUAGUCCCCACAGAACCAGGGGCCGGAGAGGAGGAAGACGACCAUGGGGAGGACAUCGCGGAGGAGGAGGCGGUGUGCCGGAUCUGCAUGGUGGAGCUGUCCGAGGGGGGCGGCGCCAUGAAGCUGGAGUGCUCCUGCAGGGGCGAGCUCGCGCUGGCACACACCGACUGCGCACUCAAGUGGUUCGGCAUCAAGGGCACCCGGACCUGCGAGGUGUGCAAGCAGGAGGUCCAGAACCUGCCCGUCACCCUCCUGCGCGUCCAGAGCACGCGCGGCGGCGGCGACGCGAGCCGCGCCGGCGCCACCGGGCCGCGACACGUCCGGUACAGGCUGUGGCAUGGGACACCUAUCCUUGUGAUCAUCAGCAUCCUGGCAUACUUCUGCUUCUUGGAGCAAUUGCUGGUUGCGCAUAACGGCUUCGCCGCCCUGGCGAUUUCGCUGCCCUUCUCGUGCAUCCUGGGCCUCUUCUCAUCACUCACCACAACAAGCAUGGUGGCGAGGAGAUACGUGUGGAUCUACGCGGCGAUCCAGUUCCUCUUCGUCGUGUUCUUCACGCAUCUCUUCUACAGAUAUCUGCAUCUGCAGGCUGUGAUAUCCAUCAUCCUGGCCACCUUUGCGGGUUUCGGCGUGGGGAUGAUCGGCAACUCCAUCAUCAUCGAGGUGUUGAGGUGGAGGACGAUGGCCCCGGCUCAGCCGCGCCGCGCUCGCAGGCCACCACGUGUCGCGCAGCAGCAACAUCCGGCUCCGACAUCCAGUCAUCCUUCAGCUGCAGAGGAGGGACAGCGUAGCGCCACCGUCGACGUCGAGAACCCCGCCAUCCCUCAAGCAUAGAUCUUAUGUAGUUAGAAACAAUGUGCUGUUGGUUGACGCUCGAGAGCUUGGGACCCUUGCUGUGUAGUAUAUGGUAGAACAAAGAGGUUGUCUGGAUUUUUUUUUUCGUGGUCUGGAUGCAAAAUCCGAGUUUUUUUGUUGCAGCAUGUGGUGAGGAACUACAAUGUUAUAUAACAGCUCCUGAAGAAGGAUUCAGUAGCA